AUGAACUGGCAAAUAAGACCAUAUUUUCAAAAAUUCGAUUAUAUAUUCUUCAAAUUACAUUGGGGCGCCAAAUCUGUACCAUCUCAUACACCGGUGGAAGUGGUGGCUCUGGACUCUUCUGAAAAGAAGAGACCACGAAGUGAAAGCCUCGACCGACCUGCCAAAAGGUUCAAGAGCCGGCCAUUCAGAGAUGGCUCUAGUUCGCAAGCCACAUUGACGUCAGCGCAGCCUUCUAUCACGGGAUCAACAACAUCUGCUGUCAAAGUACAAUCGAACGUAUCCCCUGAGGGCGUUAACUCAGAUGCGGGAAUAACGGUUUCGAAUUCGACAACGGAAGUCAAUUCAAUAGGCCAGCAAUUGGAGCAUCAGUACCGUGAUCCCGUGAGAAUCCCUGGUGAGGAUAAAAAUAAAAGUGGCAGUUAUGUCUAUGCUUUUCCGCAUGCAGAUGAAUGCCUCAGCAUAGGUCACCAAAUUCGAUUCCCAGUUAUCAUGGAUAUAUUCAAACAAAAUCUUCAUGAGUACAGACCCAUGGCUCUUAAGCACCCAGCUAUGACGGAAUAUAAGUUAAAAAUGUGCGGCAGUAGUAUUAAUAACGCUAAGCCUUCAAUCCUGAUAUAUCACCCCGAGACGGAUGAGAAGACAGGCCGGGAGAUCAUACACCUUCUAAGUUGCCCGCGGAUUCGGCGGCAAUACCGCUCAAAUCCAUGUUUCGACAUCUACUGGUUUAGUGGGCCUGAAUUCAGUUAUUUUGGACGUCCAAUGGAUAGUCUCAGCAUUCGAAUCCAGGAUUCGUAUAUUCCUGGAGCAUUGCUAUCGGAUGAUGCUGGUGAUAGGAUUUGUACCAUUACCUGCGGCAUCAGAUUUCCAAAUGUGGAUGACACAAUUUUUGUUUUAACGACCGCUCAUGCUUUUGAAGAGGAUGACGAAAACAGUGAGAGAGAUACUGAGCAUGAGGGGACUGUUGCUGGCACGUCACAUGCUCUAAACGAAGAUGAAGAUGAAGAACGGAAUCGGGAUAUACUCAGGUUUGGAGCUGUAGAGUACGACUUAUCUGAACUUAGGAAAUAUGAUAACAUGGAUAAACAAGACGAAUUACCUCAAGUGAUCAGACAAUACACGGGUCUCCCAGGAAAUGCACAUGACCAAUCCGAAGGCUUUAUGGAUACUUCUGAAGCCAAAGUUGUUAUCAACCCUAAUCGGGUCUGGGGCCGAUCUCAAGGACCGGAGUGGAACAACGAUCCCAAUCUGGAUUGGGCGUUGAUAGAGAUUGGGAAGAGCGAACAGUGGGAGGCGGAUAAAAUCGAUCUAGCAAUGCACGAUGUCCCUGGUCUGGGAUAUCAAAGCCGAGAUGUGCAGGUCGUCACAUCUCGGGGCCCGCUCUAUGGCACUAUUUCCAGCAUACCCUCGUUUAUCGCCAAUUCCAACAAUCUUGGCUCCCUGUGCAAGGUUUGGGCCGUUUCUCUUGUAGAUUCAAGUCAAAUGUCUGUGGGGGACAGUGGGGCCCUCGUAAUAGAUUCAAUUACGAAGAAGCCAUACGGAUAUGUCAUUGGAAUCAAUUACUUUCAAGAACUAUACGUCAUUCCAUUGGAGCCGGUUUUGGAGCAGAUUUCGCAGAUGAUGCCCGCUUCCAAUGGAAACCCGGAAAUAUUCAUGGGGCUCGUCUCAUCUCCUGUACCCGGCCCUUUGACCAGAGAUCGCAAAUAUUCCAGGCUUACCAGACGCUUAUCCCGAUAUUGGCCAAGGACACAAGCGCACAACGUAAAUGCAUCGUUUUAUGAGACUCCUUGGCUGGAGGAUGAUUUGUUUGAUACCACAAAGUAA